AUGAUGGCAAGACCACUUAGAAUAGGUGUAGACAUAGCUAUAGGUUCCUUAAGAAAAGUUCGUCCUGUUGUAUCAAAAACAUGGUGUGCUGCUAAAACUUAUGUUGCAAAAACGAACGCGAGAAUACUUGUAUGCAAUCCAGUGGUUUCUAAACUUGAAAAUGUAUUCGCCGGAGCAACAGAUUUCAUGGAAUCAAAAAUAAUAAGUGCUAGAAAUCAACUGCUGAAAAAGGAAAUUGUAGAAUUACAACAACAAAUAGAGACUACUAAGAAAAGAAUAGAGGAAGGUACAAUUUAA